AUGGGCGUCGAAGAUUAUCUUCCUAUCCUCUGGUACUUCUCGCCUUCAGGCACGCAGACAGUCAAUACGGUUGCAACCGACAAAUUCCUUUAUGUUGGACAUAAGGGCCGUGUAUUUCGCCUUGACAGACAGAAAGGUGACGUGCAAGCGGAGCAGGGACUCAAGGGUUAUGGGUUCGGAGACGUAUCGGUCGCGAUCUCUGAAGAUAGGUCGCUUCUCCUCAUUGCGACGGGUGGAUAUCUUGUGUCCCUCCACCCUAUGUCACUCGAAAUCGGAUGGUACAAGGAACGAGUCUCCAACAAAGGCGGUCCUGAGCCGACUUCAAUUGUCUGUGGCAGCGACGUUGUAUACGCUGCUGAUAGUGGCUGGGUUUAUCAAUUGAGCGCAAUUGACGGGGCCGUCCUCAAGAAGCAAAACUUCGGUGAAUCUGCUGGCCGCACCCAAGUCAACCUUGCACUUGACAAGCCUUCCAAUCGCCUUUAUGCCGGAUGCAAUGGCUACGGUAUCUGCAUGGAUGCUAAUACCCUGGAGACCUCUUAUCUCACUAGCCUCCCUGGCUCCGGAUUCAAUGUCACGAGUGUUUUGGCAAUCGGACACUCAGCCGUAUUUGGAUGUAAGGGCAGAGUAUUCCAGCUUGAUACAAAUGGCAAAGUCGCGGCACGGAAUGAUCUAAGCGGUUAUGGUAACGCGGAUACGUCUCUCACUUUUUGCGGUCCUGACCGCUUGUGGGCUUGCCCUGAUGGUUAUGUCGCUGCAAUGCUCAUGUUGGUAGUGCCUUAG